AUGCACAUUUCGAACCAAGGAGCACCGGAGCCACUCUCGGAGCGCAAAGUCCUCCUGGUCGGCGUCGGGUCCCUCACCACGCGCCGGAAAGCGGAGGGCCUGAGCCACGUGACGGCGCGUGUGUCAGAGGCGCUUCGCGGCUGGCUGGUGGCGUCGGCGAGGGAGGAGCUCGGGAGGCUGGCGCCGGCGGAAAGGGCGACGUCCGUGCUGAUAAACUCGUGUGGUCGGUUGCUGUACGUUCAGGGUGACCUGCCCGGCGCGGAGGCGCUGUAUCUCGAGGCGGUGGGGGGGAGGCGAGAUCAGCUCGGCGACCGGCACCCGGACACACUCGUCUCGAUCCACAACCUCGGCAGGCUGCUGAGGGCCAAGGGCGACCUGAACGGUGCGGAGGCGCUGCUCCGCGAGGCGGUGCUGGCGAGGCGAGACGUGUUUGGCGGCCGGCACCCGGACACGCUCGCCUCGAUCGAGUUCCUCGGCACGGUGCUAAAGGCCAAGGGCGACCUGGACGGCGGGGAGGCGCUGCUUUGCGAGGCGGUGGAGGGGCAGCGAGAGGCACUCGGCGACCGGCAUCCGAGCACGCUCCACUCGAUCAACAGCCUCGGACACCUGCUGUGCGACAAGGGCGACAUCGAGGGCGCGGAGCCGCUCUAUCGCGAGGUGCUGAAGGGGAACAGAGAGACCCUCGGCGACCGGCAUCCAGACACGCUCGCUUCGAUCGCCUGCCUCGGCAUGCUGCUCGACGACAAGGGCGACCUGGACGGCGCGGAGCCGCUGUAUCGCGAGGCGCUAGAUGGGACUCGAGAGACACUCGGAGACCGACACAUGUACACGCUCGGCUCGAUUGGCAACUACGCCGACCUGCUCUGCCGACGCGAUCCUGUACAUCCCAACCGCGCGCGGACGGCGAUGGGUGACGCGCCAGAGGUGGCGCGAGAGGUCUUAGGAGCAGACCACCCAGUGAGUCUGCUGAUCGAGGCCCAGGCUGCCCGCAUCGGGAUCGCACUUGGCGUGGCUGGCCGGACGGUCCUGCGCCAGGUUGUCGCGCGCAUGGAGGCGGUGCUCGGUCCGGAGCACCCGCAGACGCGCAAGUACAAGCUAGUGUGCGAGUCCGCUGCGGGUCGGUUUGGUGGUUUGCUCCGAAUGUAG